AUGGCGACGAUCGCACGCUCAGAUCUCCAAGCCUUGGGAUCAUCAGCUGCUGGCGCCUCCUCCAUCACUGAUGUGACCCACCUCUCUUCCUACAACUGGAUCGAAGGAGCCAAGCCCACCAUCGCUGUGCCUGGAAGCCCGCCUUUAUGGACGCCUCCAAAGACUCCCCAGAAAGUUGCGCAAGAUUCCGGGCUGGUGUACAUCGCCCAGAAUGCCGCCAGACACCCGGAGAGUCCUCUCGAGCCGCUGUUUCGAUCCCUCUUCCACAAGCAACCGUAUUUCGACAUCUCCUCCAUCGAUGUCAUCACAGACCGUAAUAACAUCCGGAAGCUGCUGUACUUUGUGAAUCCAAAGCUGAACAAGUUCGCCCCCGAGCCAUUCACAAUCAAGGCCGAAGUUGUUGGGGAAACCAUCAUCUUCUCUCGCGACGAGACAGCGACCUACGAGAUCAUCAAGCCCGGCCAGUUUCGGGGAUUUGGCCACAACUUCGAGAAGUUGUAUACGUCCUCUGAGAUUCCUGGAAGCACUGGCCACCACAGAAUCAUCUCAUACUCCUUCGGCGGAUUGAAGUUCGUCGUGCGACAUGAAACAGAUGGCUACGUGAAGACCCUUCCCUCCUCGGACGCCAAUUCACGCAAGACACAGGACGAGAGCAGUCUCUCCGGUAUGAUGAGUAGCUUAUCUGUCUCUCCUACGAUUGUUAGAUGCGCCAUUAUUGGAUCCAAGCUAUAUGUGUGCCAUGUUGGCAAGAAGGUGCCUAUUGAAUCCACCUUGGAAAUCAAAACUCGUGCAAUGACAAGGCGUCUUGAGAUCUCAGAUGUCGCCGCCCAGCUGUGGAUUUCUCAGACACCCAUGCUCGUACGAGCCUACCACGACAAAGGCACCUUCCAGGAACCACAGGUUGAAGACAUCACCGCUGAGAUCAAGGCCUGGGAGUCUGAUCACGAGGAGGACCUCAAGAUGCUCGGCGGACUGAUCCGGAAAAUCGUGUUGACAGCUCAAGAGUGUGGCGGAAGCGUCGCGAUCAGGUAUGACAAAUCUCGAGAUGAAUUGCAAAUCGAAAAGACAGCCGCUACCCCGAUGCUGCCUGAAGACUUGUACUGUCGCUGGUACAGCAAGAUGAAAAACAUAACUCUACAAGCUCGAAGUGGCUACGAGUCUACUCUGCAUGCAACUGAAGUUGGACUGGAGGGGGUUGAAUACGUGCGCCUUUCUAAUGUUAUCCAAAUCGGUCUGGACAAAGGAUUUCGCUACGUCUUUCGCAACAUGUCGGAGAACUUAGUUGACUACCAAGUGCUCUGCAAGUCCAUGAAGCGCCGUGGGAUCGACGUGUUGCAGGGCCGCCAAAUCCACGACGUGAUGAGUGAUAUCAGAAAAGCAGAAGACGAUUGUGAUUCCAAGGAACAUCGAACGCCCAGUUUCAAGAGCCUCGCCCGAGAUUCAGCAUUCAGGCUCCUCUACUGCUUCCUUGACGGGACUGUUUCGGAUCGUGACGAGGCGUAUGAAGCGACCUUAUUUGUGGUUUCGCACCCUAGCAUCUUCAAACGAAGAACUCGGAAGAUGGUUCUGGCGGCUUACAACUCCAAGUUUGUGGCUUCGGACAAGGACCAACGGGUCUUGAACCAGUGGCAAGCCAAGUGGGAUCUGAGCCCCGUGUCUGGCGAUCUGGGUGUGAUGACUGAAGAGUACGAAUCUGAUUGA